ACAUUUUCUCGCUAUUAAAUUACUGAGCAAGUUUGAAAAGUUGUUUGUUAUCUAUAUAUUAUUGUCGGCACUAAAGUAAAAAAUGUUGCUUCUGUUAUGUAUGGUUAGCACUAUCUUUGCUGACUCACCUUGUCCUCCACAUUCUCAAUUCAAUUCAUGUGGGACAUUCUGCCCGGUGACGUGUGAAAAUUUUCGAACUCCACCAGAAUUUUGUAUUCAAGUCUGCAAAACCGGUUGUGUAUGUGAAAGCGGUUAUGUUUUAGAAGAGGAUGGAAACUGUGUUUUACCAGAAAAUUGUGCAAAUGACAAUAAUGUUAUUUCGCAGCAGACUGAUAAGCCAGAUAAAUGUAAUUUACCUGUGGACAGUGGUUUAUGUCAUGCGUUGUUUUACAACUUUGCCUUCAACCAAACUAGCGGACGUUGUGAAGAGUUUGCAUAUGGAGGCUGUGGUGGAAACGCGAACAAUUUUGAUACAUUAGAAGAAUGUGAGGCUACUUGUGGAGAUAACGUUAAAAUUCCUCAACUACCUUUUGCUUGUCAGCAAGAUAAAGAAGUCGGGACAUGUGAUCAAAAUUUUUCCAGAUUCUUUUACAACAUGGAAAUUUCACAAUGCCAGGAAUUUAUUUACGCAGGAUGUAGAGGAAAUAGUAACAAUUUUCAAGAUUUAGAAGACUGUGAAGCAGUUUGUCAAACUGAUAUAGUUUCUCGUCUACCUUUUGCUUGUCAGCAAGAUAAAGCAGUCGGCCCAUGUGAUCAAAAUCUUGCAAGAUUCUUUUACAACAGGGAUACUGCCCAAUGCCAAGAAUUUAUUUAUGGAGGAUGUGAAGGAAACGAUAAUAACUUUCAAAGCUUAGAAGACUGUAAAGAAAUUUGCCGAGUUGGAAUGAUUCCGCAUCUACCUCAAGCCUGUCAGCAAGAAAAGGAAGUUGGAUCAUGUGCACAGAAUUUUUCAAGAUUCUUUUACAAUAAGGAAAUUUCACAAUGCCAGGAAUUUAUUUAUGCAGGAUGCGAAGGAAAUGAUAACAAUUUUCAAGAUUUAGAAGACUGUGAAGCAGUGUGUAAAACUGAAAGAGUUGAAAAGAAUUGUAUCGCAGAACCCGCAGAAGGACAAUGCACUGGAAAUGACGCAUCCUAUUUCUUUUUUCCUGAUGAAAAUAAGUGUUUCAAAGGAUGUGGACAAAAUGGUAACAGUUAUGCUACCCACGAAGAAUGUAUACAGGCUUGUAAAAAGAAAAGAACAGAUUGUCCUGAAAAUUCAUUCUUUUACGAAUGUGGAUCUCCUUGUGAAAAGACCUGUGAAAAUUAUGAUGCAGAUAAUAAUUAUCGUCCGUUAAUUCUUUUUCUUAGUGAGGAGAUUCAUACAAGAAAUAUGCAGCUAGUUUUGAUUUUGUGCGUUGUUGCUGGAGCUUUUGCAGCUCGAGAUUGUCCAGCUAACUCUCAUUAUAAUAGCUGUGGAACAGCAUGCCCCAUCACAUGCGAGAAUCAUUUGAAUCCUCCCAAAGCUUGUGUUUUGAUGUGCAAUCCAGGAUGUCACUGUGAUGAAGGAUACGUCAAAACCAAGGAUGGACAAUGUGUAAGACCAAGUGAAUGCAGCAGUCGCAAUGCUGUUUGUGGCGAAAACCAAGAAUACCAAACUUGUGGAACAGCUUGUCCUCUUACUUGUAAAAAUUAUGACAAUCCACCCAAAAUAUGCAACUUGAUGUGCGUCAUUGGAUGUCAAUGCAAGAAGGGAUACGUCCGAACCGAUGAUGGAAAAUGUGUCCUUCCUGAAAACUGCCCAAAUCGAGCUGCUGAAGUUAAUUCCUGCCUGAUGGAGUCUGAUACUGGAAUGUGCCGUGGAUAUUUCCCCAUGUUUCAUUACGAUGCCAAAACUGGACAAUGCAAAGAAUUCAUCUACGGUGGAUGCGGGGGCAAUGGAAACAGAUUUGCUACCGAAGAAGAGUGCUUGAAGAAAUGCAGUUCUAUAAGAAUACAUGAAGCUAAAUCCGCUGUUUGUGACGAACCAAUUGAACGUGGCCUUUGCUUGGCUUUCAUGCACAGAUACGCUUAUGACAAGAAGACUGGUGCAUGCAAAAAGUUUGUCUAUGGCGGAUGUGGAAAGAACGGAAACAACUUCAAAACUCUUGAAGAAUGCAACCAGACAUGUGUCGAUUGCCCUGUUAAUUCGCAUUACGAUAAAUGUGGAACAGCAUGCCCUGUCACAUGUGAGAAUCAUUUGAAUCCUCCCAAAUUUUGUGUUUUAAUAUGCAAAAAAGGAUGUCACUGUGACGAAGGAUAUGUGAAAAAUAAGGAAGGACAAUGUGUACGACCAGAUGAAUGCAACAACGCUGUUUGUCUCGAAAAUCAAGAAUACCAAACUUGUGGAACAGCUUGUCCUCUUACUUGUGACAAUUAUGACAAUCCACCCAAAAUAUGCAACGCCCUUUGUCUCAUUGGAUGCCAAUGCAAGGAGGGAUUCGUCCGGGCCAGUGAUGGACUAUGUGUUCUUCCCGAAAACUGCCCAAAUCGGGCUGCUGCUGCCUGUGGCGAAAACCAAGAAUACCAAACUUGUGGAACAGCUUGUCCUCUUACUUGUGAUAAUUAUGAGAAUCCACCCAAAAUAUGCAAUAAGAUGUGCGUCAUUGGAUGUCAAUGCAAGAAGGGAUACGCCCGAACCAACGAUGGAAGAUGUGUUCUUCCCGAAAACUAUUGUCCAGUCAACUCUCAUUAUAGUAGCUGUGGAACACAAUGCCCCAUCACAUGCGAGAAUUAUUUGAAUCCUCCCAAAGCUUGUAGUUUUAUGUGCAAUCCAGGAUGUCACUGUGACGAAGGAUAUGUCAAAACCAAGUAUGGACAAUGUGUAAGACCAAAUGAAUGCAGCAGUCGCAAUGCUGUUUGUGGCGAAAAUCAAGAAUACCAAACUUGUGGAACAGCAUGUCCUCUUACUUGUAAAAAUUAUAAAAAUCCACACAAAAUAUGCAACUUGAUGUGCGUCAUUGGAUGUCAAUGCAAGAAGGGAUAUGUCCGAACCAAUGAUGGACAAUGUGUUCUUUCUGAAAACUGCCCAAAUCGAGUUGCUGGUUCCUUUUAUACCGCAGAAGCUAACUCCUGCCUGAUGGAAUCUGAUACUGGAAUGUGCCGUGGAUAUUUCCCCAUGUUUUAUUACGAUGCCAAAACUGGACAAUGCAAAGAAUUUAUCUACGGUGGAUGUGGGGGCAAUGAAAACAAAUUUGAUAACGAAGAAGAGUGCUUGAAGAAAUGCAGCUUAUAAAGAUUAUCACCGUCU